AUGAGCGGCCCGAUAGAGUCAUUCACCACCGGCCCACCCAUCUACUGCCCUCCAAAGGGCCGCAUGGUCCUGGGCGAGGGUCCUAUUUACCGCGCCAGCGAUUCCACGCUGCACUGGUUUGACUGUCUGUCCACACCAGCUGAACUAUACAUCCUUCCAGUCGAUCCAGUAACCGGACUGCCGACAGGCAAAGAAGCUCGCAUUCUGCCCCUAGCCGAUAGCAUCAGCGUUGCGGCGUUUCGUCGCGAUAGGCCCGGUAGCUAUAUUGCGGCACAUUACCAGGGCGUUUGCUUCCUGGACGAAGCAAGUGGCCAGUUUGAACUUGUUCGCGAGAUUAUCCCGAAAGCAGAGCGAGAUCAGCGUCGGUUUAAUGAUGGGGGUGUCGAUGCUGCUGGUCGUUUCUGGUUGGCAGAGAUAGAUGUCAACGGUGUGAACUUUGACCAAAAUGCUUGGCCCGAGGGCUAUGGUGAGCCUAAGGGAAGACUCUGGAGAUAUGAUCCCGAUGGCAGUUUGCAUAUGAUGAUCUCUGGUGGGAUUUUGUGUGGGAAUGGAGUGAAGUGGAGCCCUGAUAAUAAGACCAUGUAUCUCAAUGACUCUGUCGGGAUGAAGAUUACGGCUCUCGACUUCGACCUCGAAACUGGCAAUGUUUCGAAUCGGCGUACCUUGGUUGAUUUCCGUGCCACUGGUGCGGAGCCAGAUGGAUUGGUUCUCGACACCGAUGGUAACCUGUGGGUUGCUGUAUAUGCCACGAGCAGCAUCAUGGUCUUCAACCCGGACGGCCAAAAACUCAAGGAAAUCAAGCUGCCAGCAAAGUACAUUACGUGUCCGACAUGGGGUGGCAAAAACAAUGACAUUCUAUACAUGACGACCGCACGCGAUCGUACAGAUAAUCCGGAUCCCAGCGAUGAUGGUGGACACAUGUACAUGUUUAAGCCCAGCGGCGUCCAAGGGCACGUGAAGUAUGAGUUCCCAGGCUAA